AUGGGCAUCGUGAAAACUAAGGGGCUGGCACGGAGUUAUGUGUGGUGGCCGAACAUCUAUGCGGGUGUGGAAGCGCUAUGCCGAAGCUGUGAGACUUGCGCCUCUGAGGCGGACGCCCCGCCGCGCGCGCCAUCAAACCCCUGGCCCUACUUGCCUCCCUGGUCUAGAGUUCACAUAGACUUCCUAGGGCUGUAUAAAGGUAAAACUUAUUUAGUUUUAAUAGAUUCGAGCUCGAAAUGGCUUGAAAUCAUAGAAGUAGCGCGAACGAAUGCGACUUCCAUUAUUAAGGUGCUGACGUCAAUAUUUUCAAGUUUCGGUUUGCCCUUAGAACUAGUGUCUGACCAGGGACUGCCUUUUACAAGUUUUGAAUUAAAAAGUUUUUUGAAAACCAAUGGCAUUCAGCAAAGGUUUUCACCGGCGUACCACCCUGCAUCUAAUGGGGCAGUGGAAAAUGCUGUCAAGCUGUGUAAGAGGGCAAUUAAAAAAGCUUAUAGGGAUAACGUAGAUAUUGAUACCGCCCUACAAACCUUUUUACUAAGCUAUCGCAACAGUAAGCAAAGCACCACGGGUGAGAGCCCAGCGAUGCUGCUGCAGCGACGUUCCUUGCGUUCACGGUUAGAUUUACUACGCGGUGGGUACGUAGUGCAAGCGCGUGUUCUCGAUGCUCAGCAGCGUCAAGUCGAAUAUGCGGGUGGUGUUCCCCGUAAUUUCUCUUUGGGGGACACAGUCUGGAUUAGGUACUACGGCACCCGGGCUAAAUGGGUCAAGGGCACAGUAGUCCAGAAAGAAGGUUCUGGAUGA